AUGUCGCAAAGACGAGAGGCAACGCCGUCACAAACGGAAACGGUGACGGAGGAUUCGACACAAGAACGGCUUGCCCGGCUUGUUUUAAUAGGAGAUCGGCCACGGAGACAACCGAGGGUCCGCUGGACUGAGGAGGUAGUCGACAACGAGCAUCUGAACCGGAAAAAGACCAAGAUUUGUUGCAUAUACCACCCGCCCGACGAGGAGCUCGAGCAGGAGACCAGCUCGUCCGACUCGGACUCGGACUCGGACUCGGACUCAGACUCGGACUCGGACGAGCCACAAUGUGACCACCACGGCGCGCGGCAUAAUCGACCAAAUGCAUACGAACGCCAGCCCCGGCUUCGUCGCCCCGCCAAGCCCCACACCCACGACUAA